AGAAACUUUUACGUCUCGGUAGGCAUUGUAUAUGAAUUGCAUGAUGGAUAUCCACAACACAGCCAACAUCAACCUCCUGACAGCCUCCUAGUGAAGGCCAAGCCAAAACCACGGCGAGACGAACACAGUAAACAAAGGUGGAGGGUGCCAGGCUGGGCAGCUGCUCUCCUCGUCCCUCGGCCUGUGUGCAUGGCUACUGUUUGCAGGCCAGGGAGGUAGCGACACUGGGAUAGAGGCCUACAGAGACAUCAUGCAUGAGAAAUGUGAUCACAACUCAUCUCUAAUUUAAGACCAAAGAGAGACUGAUUUGCAGCAGGCCUGUCUUCCUCUCCUUUGCUAGAUGGCAACUUCUCCCUCAUCUCCUCUACCUUCCUCCAAGGAGGAGGGAAGUGAUGGAGGAAAGAAGCAGAAUGAAGCAAAGAAGUGUGGUGUGUGUGGUGACAGAGCACUGGGUUAUAACUUCAAUGCCAUAACCUGUGAGUCUUGCAAGGCAUUCUUCAGGAGAAAUGCUCUUAAGAAUAAGGAAUUCAAGUGCCCAUUCCAAGAUCAGUGUCAGGUUGAUCAAGUCACAAGAAGAUUUUGUCAGAAAUGCCGCCUCAGGAAGUGUUUUGAAAUUGGAAUGAAGAAGGAAUGGAUAAUGACAGAUGAAGAAAAGAAAAAGAAGAAGCAAAAGAUUGAGGAGAACAGAGCCAGAAAAAUGGGGGAGGUUGGACAUGAAGAUGAUGACUGUGAUGAUGGUGGUGGAAACAGUCAGCACAGCAAUAAUAACAGCAAUGAUAAUAACAACAAUGAUAAUGAUGGAAGCAAUGAUGCCCCAGUGUCCUUGCCACCAUCAUCAUCUGCCAUGGCAUCCCUCACCAAGCCACAAGCAGUAGUGAUGGGAGUCAUAAGGGAUGGUGACUCACUGCCACCAAAGGUGGCAAGGACUGAGAUUGAAGCAGACACUGACCACCACACUCAGCUGCAUCCUGUCAUCAGGGAAUACCAGACAGAAUACUCUUCCAGUUCUCCUCUGGGCAGCCUUACUAAGCUAAGAGAAGGAGAAUCUAGCCUCCUUGCUCCUGGGAUUCCCUCCCCUGCUACCGUCGAGGGGAGUGAGGGGGCCUCUAACCCCUGUCUAGCUGAAGUAUUUGCUCUUAGCAUCAAGAAGGAGGUUGAGUACAUGGAUGACCAAGCUAGUGCUGCUGCUGCCACUACACUCCAUAACCACCACCACCACCAUCACAGUGACCCACACACACAGUUAACCUUACCACACCACCAGCACAAUUAUCAGUUCUAUCAUAAUCCUCUACCACCACAUCCAGCACCAUCAUCACAACCUGAACCUUUGCCCCGCUGUACAUCACCUCACCACACACCAGCCCCAACACACCACACACCACCACCAGCACAACUCACACCAUCCCAACACAACACACACCCCCACAGAUACACAGCACAUCACCAUUGCCACUACCACACCACUCAGUACCACCUCAUCACCACAGUUCAAGUGAAACUCAAACAGAUUCGGAAAAGUGUGGAGGAUUCAGCAUAAGAGAAGCCAUGGAAAUACUACACCCUGAGGAUAAUAACUCUAAGGAAAGCUCUCACCAGAAAUAUCUUUAUUGGGCAAGUAAACCUCAGACUUGGCAACUCUGACUGGAGUGGUGCUAGGCAGUGGUGUGGGCAGCACAGUGCCACCCAAACAAAGUGAUAAAUAAAUAUGUGAAUAAAAAAUAUGUAUAGUAUUGGGAUCAACACAAGUAUUCAAAACAAAUAAGAAAAUAUGUAGACUGAUAAAGUUUAUGGUAUAUAAAACACUUUUUAUUGCCAGGACUGACAUCUGGAUUUCAGAGUAUUGUGUUUUUUAGAAUUCCAGGUAAAAGAAAAUGUACCUGUAUGUACUAUUGUGCCGGUUACAGUGACAUAUUUAAAAAAAAUAAAAAGUGAAGACAAACAGACAAACAAGAACCAAACAAGAGAGUUAAACUACAGUUGGUGAAGAGAAGAGGGAAACUGUGUUUUCUGUUUUUUUUACCCUAGAACACACUUGUGGCAGAUCUUACUACUAACAUAGUUCUUGGGUGUGUUGUAAACCUUUUUUGAAAAAAAAAAAAAAAAAUACUCAGAAUUUUAAAAGAUCUGAAAACAUUACAACAAAAAAUAACAUCUGUAUUUCCAGAAUCUGUUUUGUUGUACUUAAUAAUGAGGUAUAUUACUUAUGGGCUGCUCAAAAAACUUAUAAAAAAAUAAAUUUUAUAGAUGCCUACACCUAAAAGUUAAAAAAAAAAAAAAACUCGUACUCAAGUCUUGCCUGACAAAACACAAAUGCCCUGGUCAUGGGAGCCUGACCUCUGAGCAGCACAGCCUCCUGGCAACGUCAGAGACUGUAUGGGAGAGAGGCAAAAAAAAGAGCUAUAUUUUCUCAAGUGCAAAAAAAAAAAAAAAAAACUUUGUAUUAGGGACAUUUUUCUUUUUCACUUUCUAUGAAAACUAUAUGAAAUAAAAAAGGUAAGAACAAUAUUUUGAGAGGCUAAUAACAAAGUUUUAGCAAUAUAUAUUUUUUAAUAUUUAUUGUUUUACUGUAAAUGACAAUAAUUUUGACUGAAGUAAAUGAUAAUAUAUUUGCUCUGAAAAUAGGUUUUACUGCCAUUUGCCUUUGUAACGUACAUUAUUUAUUCAUUCCUUGGUUAUUCUUCUCUAGCUUUCUCUCUCUCUCUCUCUCUCUCUCUCUCUCUCUCUCUCUCUCUCUCUCUCUCUCUCUCUCUCUCUCUCUCUCUCUCUCUCUCUCUCUCUCUCUCUCUCUCUCUCUCUCUCUCUCUCUCUCUCUCUCUCUCUCUCUCUCUAUCAAUCUAUCUAUCUAUCUAUAUCUAUCUAUCUAUCUGUAUCUAUAUAUCUAUCUAUCUAAUCAGUCUACUUGUAUUGCUCUCAAUUUCUUUUCUGGACUUUUCCUUGCCCUCUUUCCAUUUCUUUACAUCACUGUUGUGCUUCUGACUCCUCACGGGACUCAACCUUCUGGGCAGCUUUAGGCUGCAUUCUGUUCAUCCCCACAGGUGUGGGGAUGGUGUGAUAAGGGGCCUGGUGAGCAACCCCAUGUGGUCUUCUGUCCUGAGUUGAGUUACCAACCAAUAUGGUUAUCUCCUAUGUUGACUCCCUCUGGUAAUCACUUAAGAGCCCAGGGCUUCCUGAGGCUCUAUUGCUCUUCUGCCAAGUAAGGGAAUCUUGGAGUUAGCCUCUCCUGUAUUCCUGUGUAUACAGAAAAUUCACUAUCCACUCUGUGGAAACUCCUAGACUUCCUUGAUCUAUUGUCUCACAGGUUGCCUUAUAAGAAUGGCUCAUUGCUCAAUCUCUUCCUGUCCUUCUCUCCCCUUUCUGGAGGAGAAUAUGACUUCUUCAGUCUCCACUAUUAAUGGAUCAAGCCUAUGGUACAGCUUAACUUUGCUAGUGUUUCACAAAUUUUUAAAGAAGUAAGUACCUCAUCCCCACAAGACUUUUUUUUUUUACUUUGUACACACAGUCCGUCAAUAGCUGUUUCAGUAACCUUAAGUCUCCCAGGUGAACAUCUAAAUUCAUAACUACCUCCUCAGCCUUCCCUUUUAAGAUGCACUCUGUCCUUGCCAUAGUUGUCCCACACUAUCCUAUUUUGGUCCUCUUGUCCUAUGGACAGUAGCUUCUUCUCUUCCUCUUGUGGGUCCCAAUCCAUCAGGCUCAUGCCACUGGUGUCCAUUAUGUUAACUGCACUCACUAUGUUGUUUAAAUCCUUAUUCCCCCUUGGGGCAGCUAGGAUACCUACCCUACCUGGUUAGGUUUUUCCCCCCCUGGGGUUAGCGACCUGUGAGUGGGUUAUCACCAACAGUACUCCACUAGGACCAGAUGGAGUAUCAGGAUUCAUUCUAAAAGAGUGAAGAAAACAAUUAAUUUAACCAGUAUAUGACAUAAUUAAGAGGUCAGUAUCAACUGGAAGAGUGCUGAAGGAAUGAAAGAGAGCAGACAGUGCCAGUUUAUAAAAGUGAAAAGAAAGAACUACUAAACUAUAGACCAAUGACCAGCAUAAUAUGUAAGAUCUGUGAAAAGUGAUACCGUAGCAUUGAACAGAAUUUCUAGAAAAACAUGUUAUGAUAACAGAAAAACAGCAUAGCUUUAGAUAAAGGUGAUUAUGUAUAACAUAUCUGAUGAGCUUCUAUUCAAGAGUGAUUGAUGUAUAAAAGGAGUGUGAUGGAUGGGUAGUCUGUGUGCAUUUAGAUCUGAAAAAGGCUUUCGACAUAGACUGUGUACAUUUAUUUAGAUUUGAAAAAGACUUUCAACGUAGUUUCCCACAACAGGCUAUUAUAGAAGCUAGAAAUAUAGGAUGAUUAAAUGGGAAAAAAUAGAUGGAAAGUUACUUAAAGGGAAAAGAAAUGAGGACAGUAGUAAAAGAUGUAAAAUCAAAGUGGAGAAAAGCCGAUUGUGGAGUACCACAAUGAUCAGUGCUGGCACCAAUAUUUUUCCUUAUCUACAUAAAUGAUAUGCCUGAAGGAGUAAAGAGUUACAUGAGCUUGUUUGCUGAUGAUGCAGAAAUUACGAAGGCAUAAGAAAUAACAGAGACUGAAAUUCUACAAGAGGAUUUGAAUAAAAUCUGAGACUGGAGCAAGAAAUGGGAGAUGGAAUUCAGUGUGAAAAAAUAUCAUGUAAUGGAAAUAGGAAAAGGUGUAAAAAAGACCAAAAUGGACAUGUAAAAUGGGAAAUAAAGAAAUAAUAAAAGUACAUAAAGAGAAAGAUCUGGGAGUGAUAGUACAGGAUUGUCAAUAGUCGGAGAAGCAUAUAGAAAAGAUGGUGAGAAAUGUUGGAACAGCAUUCCACUACAUGGAUAAAGAUAUGAUGAGAAAUACAAUUAAUUACCACUAUUAUUAAACCAAAGUUGGAAUAUGCUGAAUAAGAGUGGUCUCCCUAAAAGAAGAAACACGUAAAAGAAACUAGAAACGAUACAAAGGAUGGCAACAAAGAUGUUUCCAGAACUGGAAGAAUUAACAUAUCAACAAGUUAAAAGAAAUAAAUCUGCCAACAUUGGAACAAAGAAGAGAAAGGGGAGAUUUAAUACUAAUUUAUAAAUUGUGGAAUAGAGUGGAAGAAAGAUAAUGAGAAACUACUGCUAUGAGAAGUAGGUAAUACCAGAUACACAUGAGGACACAGUAAAAAAUUAAGAAAAGGAAGAUGCUCAAGUAACAUAAACAAAUAAUGUUUCCUACAGAGAAAUAUAGAAGUCUUGAACAAGCUAAGUGAGGAUAUAGCAUUGGCAAUGAGAGUGCACAACUUCAAGAAAACUGGACAAGUGUAGAUAUGGAGAUGGGAACAUGAGCAUAGCUCAAGUCCUGUAAAUUACAACUAGAUAAAUAGAACAAGGUAAAUACUUCUCUGAGUACUCCUAUUAAUGUCACCUGAUAUAUCUGUAAGUAAGCUAUUACACUUGACAGUGGAAAGAAAAAAAAGCACAAUACAAACAAAUAACAAUCACCUAAAAAAUUUACUUGUGUAUAAAUUGUGGCUGUGACUUAUCAGGUACCAUGUGUACUCUCUAGACUGUCUGUAUAUCUCUUUCUUUCUUUUGUUCUUUCUUGAUCUACUCUCCUGUCAAGAGAUAAAACUUGUCACUUUUCUUCUCUAUGGUCAUCCACUGCUCUUCCCUCCUCCUUUCUUCAGACACUCACCCUGACCAGGUGAACAACAGGAUGUCCAUAUGGGCAUCUAAGGAGUGGUGGCCACAAGGGUUCACUUCCUAUGGUGGCUGGCAGAGUAAGAGAGCAGGGCAUCUAAGGAAGCUGUGGUAUCACUUCCCUCCUUGCAAUUCUUUUUGUGGCCAUGAUGUGGUGUCAUUCGUAUUUCCUUUCUCCCCCCCAUCAUUUUUCUCAGAUUUGUUUGUCUUCCCUUUCCUUUGCUACUCUACUUAUUCCCAGUGCUCCUUGGCCUGUUUCUAUUACAGUAAAACAACACAAAUAAUAUUGCCAUAGAAGAACAUUUCUACUGGCUCACAUUAAUCUAGUUCCUAACAUGAAAUUUGAAUACAAAAGUGGUGUGAAGAUUUCGAAAGAUUUUCAAAGAAAUAACUGCAAUGCAUUAUUAACAUAAGGCAUCUAUAGGAAGUACCCUGCAUCUGCUGUAUCCUCAGGAUUGGAGUAGGUGCAGUGUAGAGAAGUCCCCUAUAAAAGGGCAGAGAUAAACCAGUGCAUACUGUCAGGUCUUGCUAUUGAUAUGUGUGACCAGCAGUGCUAUGCCUUUCACUAAGGCCACCAGAACUAAGAGCAGGGUUGGCAUAAAAAAAAAAAAAAAAAAACUUUUUCUGGGGGGUGUUUUAAAAAGUAUUUUACAUAUCAAAAUUUAGUUCUAUAUCAUAUUGAUAAAUAAGGUCUAUAUAUGUACAUGUACAUAAAAAUGUAAAAGUAAUCAAGCCUGGCCUGUUCAUUUCUUGUACAAUACAAGUUAACGCAGGCUUUGUCCAACUGGACCAAUGUAUCAGCAUGACCUAGACAUGUCUGUUUUUCAUUAGAAGUGUCAAAAUCUUUCAAGAUCUAAUUCUCCUCAUGACUUCUGGCACCUAGCCAAAAACAUCUCCAAUAACUUUGCUUCUUCAUCUUUCCUUCCAUUAUUUCAAUCUGAUGGCACCACUACCAUCUCAUCUAUUUCUAAAGCUUAAGCCUUUGCUAAAAACUUUACCUUGGAUGAUUCAGGGCUUGUUCCUCCCUCUUCUCCACCCUCUAACUACUUCAUGUUAUUCAUUAAGAUCCUUCACAGUGAUCUUUUCCAUGCCUUCACUGUCCUAAACCCUCAGAAAGCUUAUGGACAUAUUGUUCUCCAAAACUGUACCUUCAUGCUUGCACCUUACCUAGUCAAACUCUUUCAACUCUGUCAACAUAUACCUUUCUUUCUUGCUGGAAGUUCACCUACAUUCAGUCUGUUCCUAAAAAGGGUGAGUGUGCUAAUCUCUCAAAAUAUCAUCUUAUUGCUUUGAUUUCCUACCUAGCUAACAUUUUGAAUCUAUCCUCAACAGGAAGAUUCUUAAACAUUUAUCACUUCACAACCUUCUAUCUGAUUUCCAGUAUGGGUUCCGUCAAGGCUGCUCUACUGGUGAUCUUGCUUUCCUUACUGAGUCUUGGUCAUGCUCUUUUAGAGAUUUUGGUUAAACUUUUGCUGUUGCCUUGGAUAUAUCAAAAGCUUCUGUUAGAGUCUGGCACAAAGCUGGGAUUUCCAAACUACCCUUCUAUGGCUUCUAUCCUUCUCUCUGUAACCUCAUCUCAAGUUUCCAUUCAAACCAUUCUGUUGCUGCUGUGAUAGACAGUCACUGUUCUCAUAAAUCUAUAAACAGUGGUGUUCCUCAGGGUUCUGUCCUGUCAUCCACUCUCUUCUUACUAUUCCUCAAUGAUCUUCUAAACCAAACUUUUUUCUUUUCACUCCUAUGUUGAUGAUACCACCCUGCACUUUUCCACAUCUUUUCAUAGAUGUCCAACCCUUCAGAAAGUAAAGAUUUCUUGCAGGGAAGCCACAGAAUGCCUGGCUUCUGAUCUCUCUAAAAUUUUUGAUUGGGGCAGAGCAAACUUAGUACUGUUCAGUGCCUCAAAAACUCAAUUCCUUCAUCUAUCAACUCGACACAACCUUCUAAACAACUAUCCUUUCUUCUUCAAUGAUACUCAACUGCCCCCGUCAUCUCAUCUCUAGCUAUAACAGCUUCCAUGAAGUUAGGUGUUCUGAGUCGUCUCCACCAAUUUUUCUCACCCCCCAUCUGCUAACUCUGUGUUUUGAUGUGAUCACCACUUGUUUUAGAUUCAUUGACUACCGCUGAUCACCCACUGUAUCGAAUAUGUUUUACCCCUCCUCUUCUUACUGUUCUGAGUUUAGAUGAUGAUGAUGCUUGCCACUGCUGGAUCAGAUGAGGAGCUUGGUGUGUUGGUAGCAUGGAGGACUGGUAGUGAGAUUGGUAUUUCUGGUAGCUUGGAGGUUGUGGGUAUUUGAUAUAGUUGGUUUGUGUGAGUAAAAGAUAUGUAUGAAUAAAUUUCUUCUUGAUUUAAUAAUAGAGAAUGUACACAUUUGAUAUGAGAUGAGAUUGUAAUGAUUGAUUGUUUUCUCUCUCUCUGAAAUUAUAUGAAAUGAUGACUGAGCAGCAUCUCUCAAGACUGACUGUGACUGAGCGGAACUGAGUGAGUGACUAAGUCUGCUCGUGACUGACUCACAGUGCUCACUACCAUGCAGGCUCUGUUUAUCCGAGUGUCGUAUUCUUGGCCGACAGAAAACACAGGAUCUCUAUAUUGCCCAUUUGUUUUCCUCAACACCUUAACCCCAUUGAUGUAUAUACAGCGAUACAAAAGUUAUUGUAAGCUGUGGACUCUGCUUGCUCCAGGUAGUGGAGGCAAGCCUUGGCAGCUGUGGUUGGUAAGCUGAUGCUGUGUGAGACUGCCAAUGCUCAUAGCCAGACUUCAUGUCGGCCAGGCUUCACUUUAGCACCUGUGAAACCCCCAGUGUCUCGAGCACUUGAGAACUGAUGAACCCCCAGUGAAACAGACGAUCUGAGUUAAACUAUUGUAAGCGUAGCCUCCAUAACACCUCCCCACCAGCUGAGGGUUGCCCCAAGCGAUGUGUUGAAUCUUAACUUCCCUCCUCUGUUGAAGCCAUUUCGAGCAUUGGGGAUUGCCUGGUCCACACUGGUUGUCAGUCAACACUGGUAACUUUGGAUUCAGUCUCUUAACUCAUCAUAGAGCAUCAUCCUCUUCCUGUUUUUGUUUGUUGUUCCUAUGAUGUGUCGGUAAAGUUGGUGCUUCUCCUGGUUCUGUGUCCUUCUCAACUCUGUAGUGGGGAUGCAGCUGCCCAAUGUGUCGACGCCACGUUGGUCCUCUGGGUGACACACAAACGUUAACACUCCGUGUGUCAAAGACCUUGGUGACCACUGCCAGAACCCAUCGUGCUUCUUGGUUGCACUUCGGCCCACAGUACAAGGUGUAACAUGGUGCUCCCACCAUGUAGGUGUGCACCAACUUGGAUACUGGCUGGUUGUGCUCCAUUCGUUGUGACUUGGCAGCCUCCUUUGCUUGUCUACCUUGGGCUGCAUGCUUGGGAAAAGGGAGAAGAGUGUCCAGCUUGUACUGAAUCUGCCAUCUGUUGAGCAGCUCGUGGGGGGAGUGGCCAGAAUCUAGUGGUGUGCGUCUGUAAUAUAACAGGAACUCUUGUAGAGUAGCUUUAGGAGGAAGAAAAAGACUUCUUCAGAGACUGUUUGAAUGAUUGUACCAGAUGCUCUGCAGCGCCAUUCGUAGAAGAGUGAUACAGUGCUCCGGUGAGUUGAACAAUGCCCCGUUCUCGGCACCAGACCUGGAACUCAUCAGAUAAAAAUGUAGUAGCGUUAUCAGUUACUAGUGUAUGAGGAUAACCAAAGUGUGCAAAA